AUGUCAGGUGCAAAGAUCCUGCUGUUUCUGAAGAGCCUGUCCCGUAGGAAACCUCUGGAGCCUGAAGGAGAGGUGUCCAACUUCCGCCGAUGCCUGACCACUCUGGACCUGGUGGCCCUGGGGGUCGGCAGCACGCUGGGGGCCGGUGUGUACGUGCUGUCGGGAGAAGUGGCCAGAGCUGUGGCCGGCCCGAGUAUCAUCAUUGCCUUCCUGAUAGCAGCCGUGGCCUCCGUCUUUGCAGGACUUUGCUAUGCUGAAUUUGGAGCACGUGUUCCCAAAACUGGCUCUGCCUACCUCUACAGCUACGUGACUGUGGGCGAGAUAUGGGCUUUCAUCACCGGCUGGAACUUGUUGCUGUCCUAUGUCAUAGGGACGUCAAGUGUUGCCAGAGCAUGGAGUGGGACCUUUGAUGAUCUCAUUGGAAAUGUAAUCUCCAACUCUCUGGGCAAACAGGCUGCCAUGAAUUUACCUGGAUUGGCUCCCUACCCAGACUUCUUUGCAGCUGCCCUCAUAAUGCUAUUGGCAGGGAUUCUUGCAUUUGGCGCCAAAGAGUCAGCUGUUGUAAAUAAGGUUUUUACAGCAGUGAACGUCCUGGUGUUGCUGUUUGUUAUCCUCGCUGGAGUCAUUAAGGGGGACAUCAACAACUGGCAACUUGGUGAAGAAUCUCUGCUAAAUCCAUAUCAGUACGGAAAUUUUACAUCGAUGAACGACACCGCCAUAUUUGGCACUGGAGGAUUUUUCCCUUUUGGCUUUGAGGGGACAUUAGCAGGCGCAGCCACAUGCUUUUAUGCAUUUGUUGGAUUUGACUGCAUUGCCACAACAGGGGAGGAGGUUCAAAACCCCCAGAAGUCGAUCCCACUCGGCAUUGUGGCGUCACUCCUCAUCUGCUUCCUAGCUUACUUUGGUGUGUCUGCGGCCCUGACUCUCAUGAUGCCGUACUAUUUGCUCAGUGUUAACAGCCCCUUGCCGGUGGCCUUCACAUACAUCGGUUGGGGCCCUGCAAAGUAUGUAGUGUCUGUGGGAUCCCUCUGUGCACUGUCAACAAGCCUACUAGGAUCAAUGUUCCCGAUGCCCCGCGUUCUCUUUGCCAUGGCCAGAGAUGGACUUCUCUUUAGCCCUCUCAGUAAAAUGAGUGAAAGACAAAGUCCUGUUAUAGCGACACUGGUUUCAGGUGCUGUAGCAGCGGUCAUGGCGUUGUUGUUUGACCUGAAGGCGCUGGUCGACAUGAUGUCCAUUGGAACCCUCUUUGCCUACACUCUUGUUGCCAUAUGCAUCCUAAUAUUAAGGUACCAAGAACACCUCAGCGAGGAAAGCAAACCAGAACCCUUUUCAGUUACUGGAAUAUUAUAUCCUCCUUCACAAGCCACUUCACGGACAUCAAAAAAUGUGACUGUCUUAACUGUUUUUAUGAUCUUUUUAGCUAUCAUCCUAAGCCUCGUCAUAAAUAGCGCUGUGGACUCCCUGCAGGCCCUGGAGUGGUGGAGUUUACUUUGUGUCUUUAUCAUCGUACUGCUAUUCGUCUUCAUCACACUGAUCAUCUGGAGGCAACCACAGAACGCCAGCAAAGCUGCUUUCAUGGUUCCUUUUGUUCCGCUGCUUCCUAUUUUCAGCACCUUUGUCAAUGUCUAUCUUAUGGUUCAACUGGGCUCAGACACGUGGAUCCGCUAUGCAGUGUGGAUGGCAAUAGGUUUAAUCAUCUACUUCUGUUAUGGUGUUCAGCACAGUGUGCAGAAACAAAGGCUCCAAAACUCGCAGAACCAUGUCAGUAUUCACAGCAUCACCACCACUAUGGACCAACACUUUGAACCGGGACACGACUUUAAUGAUUAAACAAUACAACAUCUUUUGAUUCACUGAUAUAAGCACAACUGGGAGCAUCAUCGAGCAAACUAAACACUUUCCUUUGAAUAAAAAAAGUGGCCACUGUGUAUACAUGUCCUUAUAGUGUUUCCUGCAUUUCGUGACUUGGUCAUAACUCACAAUUACCUCACAUUUUGAAAUAGUAAAUCUUUUUACAAUUCUGUUUCAAAUGGGUGUUGAGAGAUGUAUCCAUAGAUCUCUUCAUUUUGCUCUCA